GUUUGAUUCGAUGGGUUGCCUGACGACAACAGUCUGCUUUCAAGCUGAGGUCUCUUACCCCGCCCCUAUCAUGCACAGGGGCCUUUACCGAACGAUGAGAAAACCAACUCCUGGUUUGUUGAUGGAGUGGUUGCUACAAUAGGUAUGUAGGCGUUCUGUCGAUUAGGUACGUAGGUAGGCAAGGUAGCUAGUCCCAAUGCCCGAGUGGGCAAGGCUGAGCCACGUUUAGGCAUGCAAUGAACAAGAAUUGAGAAGUCAACUGAGAUGCAUACCUUUCUUUUCUUUGAACGCUUGGUUUCAACCUCUCAUUGUAUUGCUCAUCUACUUUCUCCAUCUGGGCUGAAGUUCUUUAUCCCUUGUGUCUCCGCGACACCAUGGAAUACAAGGUGAGCAGGCCGAAGAAUCCGACAAACAGUGGCCCGAUAGAACGACGUCCUUCUGCAGCAUCGACUGGUGACGAUGAACAAGAUCACGAUGCGAUCUCAUCACAAAGGACAAGAUCGUUCGCGAGCCAGUUCGUCCGAAAACUCACAUUCCAUCAACACACUCAACCUCUUCAACCUUGUACACCACCAAGCUCUUCUGGAACAACGGGAAAUCGGCCGAGACGCAACUCCUUUCACAAUGGUGUAGGAAAUUUAGGGUUAACUUGCGUAUACGACCCCCCUGAGGCGCUCGUCGACCUGAUAUUUGUUCAUGGUCUACAUGGUGGGUCGCUCAAGACAUGGCGCGCAAAACCCGAGCCAGGGUAUUUCUGGCCCGGGGAGUGGCUACCUCAGGAUCCAGAGUUCAAAUACGUCAGAAUACACACCUUUGGCUAUCCUGCCAACUGGACCGAUUUUCAAGAGUCGCAACUUAGUGUUAGCAACUUUGGAGAGUCGCUUCGGUCUCACUUGCUAUCGUCCACGCACCUCAACAGAGGUGCCAGGACACCAAUCGUGCUGGUAGGGCAUUCUAUGGGAGGCCUUGUGAUUAAGAAAGCCUGCCUUGCCUUCAAGGAUGCUCUAGAGGAGGACGACCCCAACGCCUUUGCUCAUAGGAUCAAGUGCCUAAUGUUUUUGGCUACACCGCAUCAUGGCUCCGAUUCGGCCGAGAGGCUUGACAAAAUACUCCGUGCCGGCGCGGGACCCGUUGGCGCUAAAGACUACCUCAAAGACCUGAAAAAGGGCGCCUUAUCCAACCAGACUAUAAAUGCCGGCUUCAAGUUUAUAGCCGACAGAUAUAUGUUGUACUCCUUCUACGAAACUAGGCCGAUGAAUCAGCUGGGAUUGAUUGUUGAUAUUGAUGCGGCCUGCAUAGGUGGUCCAAAACAUGAAAAUACCGUCAUGAUGACUGCUGACCAUCGCAGCAUAUGCAAAUUUGAGUCGGAAGAUGAUUCUUGCUUCAGAACGUUCAAAGAUCAUCUGAUCAUGGUUCUGGACGAGCUGUUUGGACGUGAAAUGGAGCCGACUCCGAACGAUCUUGCACCGAUAGAGACCUACUUGGACUGUGAGGAUUCGAGAGACGAGAUGCUAGAAACGGUGCUGGCUCCCAAAGUUCAAGGGUCAUGUCGCUGGAUAGAGUCCCAUGAAGACUUCAACCAAUGGCGGCAAGACACCUCCCGACAACACUGGUUGUACUGGAUGCACGCCCCGCCUGGAACUGGCAAGUCGGUCCUAUCGGCCUCCGUCUUUCGCAUGCUCAGCCAAGAAAAUGUUUUCUGCUUCUUCUUCGUGAACGGAAACAAGAAAAGGAACACUGUGUCUGGGAUGCUUCGUACUAUAGCAUUACAGAUGGCACGAAAGCACCCAGGAGUCAAGAAUGCCCUGAGGGAGCUGCAGCGGAAUAGCAUACAGCUUGACGAUACCGACGAGAAGCUGGUCUGGAGAAAGCUAUUUGUCAACUGCAUCUUCAAAGUCCCCUUGGCGGCCCCUCAAUUCUGGGUCAUCGAUGCUCUGGACGAAUGCUCUGACUUUGGAAAACUCUUUCCCCUGCUCAAGAUUGCUAGCUCCAACUGGCCAACACUUCGAAUAUUCUUGACCAGUCGCCCGUCGCCCGAGAUACGCAGUGAGAUUAGAUCACUAUCAGGUCCCAAUUUCCGAACCUUUGAGGAUGGGAUCUCGCCCGAGGACACAAAUUCAGACAUUGAACAGUUGCUCAAAACACAUAGGGAUGCACUUCCGGUAGAUGAUGCAGACUUGAAAAACGAGCUCCUUCGUCGAAUCGCACGCGACUCUCAAGGAUCUUUUCUCUGGGCCAAGGUCGUCUUGAAGGAGAUGGAAAAGGCAAUCGACUCGGAAGAAAUCGAUAACAUUCUUGCCGAGGUGCCAUCCGACAUGAUGCCACAGUACCAGUCAAUCCUGGAGAAUAUGAGCAUGCAGACAACCGACGACAGGCGAAAGGCGCAGAUCAAAGCCUUUCUCACCUGGGCUGUGUGCUGUGUGAGACCUCUCACCGAAGCUGAGUUGCAAGCGGGGCUGCCACUCGACACAGACAGCAAGCUUAGUGGCAUUGUCGGCUCCAUCUCCCGGACCGUCGAGAAACUGUGUGGACAGCUGCUGAUGGUCAACAAGCAAGGGGCAGUCCAGGUGGUACACUCAACUGUCCGAGAGUUCCUACUGUCAAGAACGACUACAUCCGAGUUUGCCAUCCGCAAGGAGGAGGGACACCUCAGGUUGGCCAAAGUGUGUUUGAAGUACUUGGCAGGGAAGGAGAUGCAGCCUGCGCGUGGCAACAAGAUGUCCAAAAGGAAAGGAACUCUGGUGGAAAGGACGUCUGCGUUUGCGGCUUACGCUACCACCAACUUCUCGGUGCAUCUGGUCAACUGUCGACCCGAAAAUGACGAGGUGUUUGAAGCUAUUCAUACAUUUCUAGCAGGAAACAACGUCUUGACCUGGAUCGAGUACAUCGCCCGAAGGUUCAACUCGCUGGAUUACGUCAAGGAGGCGGGGGCAAAUAUUCGUCGCUUCGUAGAACGCCGAUCAAAACAUGUUGCUCCUGUCGGACCAGAGUACAGUCUUGUACAGAACUGGGGAAUCGAUCUGAUCCGCAUCGUGGCCAAGUUUGGACAUCAUCUUUUGUUCGCCCCGGAGAGCAUAGCCACCUUGCUUCCGGCCGUCUGUCCUACGACCUCUAGUAUUCGACGGCAGUACUACUCGGAGCGGGCAUCCGAUUUGCGAGUGGUAGGGUUGAGUGACGAGUUUUGGUUUGACGCCAUCUCGUAUAUUGAGCACACGCAAGCAACAGCGUCUGCAAUAGCCGUCGGCGCCAAAUUUGUGGCCAUUGGGAAAUCCUCAGGAAUGGUGAGAAUAUUCAGUGCGACUACAUACAUCGAACUUUUCACCCUUCAGCACGGCGAAGAAGUUACUGCAGUUUCUUUCAACUCGGUUGGAGAUCAUCUCAUCACGUCAGGAAACACAUUGACCCGGUUCUGGGCUAUGACUGAACUCGACGAGUGGGAGCCGAUCUGGACCAGGACCCUAGAGCAUCCAUGCACAAAGUUUUCUUUUGAUGACCAAGACCAAAUUCUGGCCACAACUUCCAAUAACUCCUUGCUCGUAUGGCGAGCCGAUGGAGAAGACGAGGAUGAUGAUGACUGCGAGGUGACUCUGGGUUUUGGUGAUGCCGCCAACCAGGAUCAGGACAAAAGCCUCUGCGUCACAGGCCCACCCACGUGUAGCAGUUUCUCGCCGGAUGGACUUCUUGUAGCCUUGGCGCACGGGGGUAAAAUCAGUCUAUGGCAAAUCGAAGGGGAUGAACCGGCAGAUUAUGUAGGCACAUGGGAACGUGAUUCCUCUCCAGAAAAAAGUCCACAAGAGGUGGAGGCGAUGCUGUUUAAUCCAAAUCCAGACCUAGAGUUCAUGGUAGCCACCUACAGAAGCGAAACCAGCGAGGGACAGCUGGUUUUGUAUGACUACAGCAGGAUGGAGUUGGCAGAGGUACGGUCCGUCACGGCAGAGCCAUACGCACUGUCGGCAACGCCAGAUGGUCAAACGUUGGCCACUGGAGACAGACGCGGUAAUAUUCAAAUCUGGGACUUCGAGUCGCUCACCCAGCUAUACGUCAUCAAGUACAACUCGUUUGCCGUACGUGAGCUAGCCUUUAGCCACGAUGGUAAGCGGCUUCUGGACCUCCGACAGACCCAUUCGGUAGUAUGGGAACCUGCAGUUCUGGUUCGAAACCACGACGAGGAGGAUGACGCUUCAACAUCUGGCACAUCGGUGGCACUACCACAGCCAACCGCGGUGUCAAACUUGGAGGAUCCAAGGGAGAUCACGGCCACUGCGCUGCAUCCCGAUAUAAGUGUGGCAUUUGUCGGCAAGGAGGAUGGAGGCGUACGACUGUAUGACCUGAUCGGAGGACGGAAAAUACAAGACCUAGUCGCUUUACAGUCUGGCCGAGCCAUUACGCAUCUUGCAUUUGGCAACACGGAUCUGCUAGCAUGUGGAGAUUCGACUGGUGCUGUCGCCGUGGCCAAGAUAGCGGUAACGCUCAAAGCGAGGUCCACGGAAAUCGACACAGUGCAUAUCGGCAAGCUGCAGUGGCUCAACCCUCCGUCCACGGAACCCAACACGGCCGUGCCGAUGGUACAGCUUGUCUUUAACAACUCUGGCCGAGGCCUUGUCGUCGCGAACCGCAAGACAACCCAGAUCUGGAUCUUGAAAGAGGACGGGACCAUGGAGCUCACAUCUUCAGGGGCUUCUCCCGCGGACCUAUGCUGGCGAUUCACACCGUGUGAAGACAAUCAGGAUCAGUUCCAGCUUGUCGACAAGCCGAUAGAGGCAUUCAUCAACGCAAAGGGAAACAGCGGGAAUGAUCUCAGAGUAGGCCCCGGGUACGGUAAUAGCCGACCGAGUGAAAGACUGAAGCGUUCAAACACGGACGACAGCGCCGUUAGUGCACAAAGCAAGAAUGGAAGCUCACGCGUUCGACGUGUCCUCACGGAUCCAGACACGGGCUACGUCGUCGUCGAGUACGCCGGCGCCAGGGCGACAACGCAACUGGUCAUUCUCGAGCGAACAUCUUCUGCCGCGCUGGCCGAGCAAGCCACUCCUGUCGCCGUCGACGUUCAAUCCAUGUCGCCGGGCCUGCUGGCGCCGCCGCAAUUUCCAAUCAAUUCCCCGCCAUCGCCCUCGGAACCAGCAUCGCCCCUGGACCGCCGGGGAUCUGCCGGUAGCUGGUCGGACUCUUUCCGCAUGCUGGAACACCUCCGGCCGCACCAAAUCCGCAUGUUCCUCGGCGUGUGGAACGGCAAGGCCGUAUAUUUGGGCCCGCAGUUGUGGGUCAGGACGGUGGACCUGCACCACCUCGCGUACGGGGCCAAAUCUCUGCGGCGGAAGCACUUUUUCAUCCCCCACGAGUACCUCGGUGGGAAUCACAAUGUGCAGGCAAGGGUUGGAAACAAGGGCGAGGUGAUAUUUCCAAGAAGGGGAGAGCUAGCGGUGGUAUGGGGUGGAAUAGGAAAGAGUACGGGGUGAGCGGCCUGGUCUUGAUCAAGUUACUAGACAUGACACAAGGCGCACAUUUUGCACAGAGUACAUAGUAUUACGUAUGGUAAUUAAGCCUUUCACUAGACAUACGAACUAGAUAGAGUAGAUGCAUGGUCAUGCUUGUCAAAUAAUCA